AUGCUAUAACCUUCUUGCUAAACUAUGAAAGUUAUUUUAUUUUUUAUCUAUUCGUGUUGCUAUUUACUCUUAGUUUAAGGCUCAAAAACAAUUCCAAAUGGAUUAUAGCCUAUUAGAGUGACAAGUGACUUUACUUAGAUUGAGAAAUCCUACGUUAACUCUGAAUAAAAAUAGCAUAUCAUAUUGAUAAUCAACCUAUUUAGUUAAUUCUUAAGCUAACUUCUAUACGUAAAGCCAAGAGAGAGCAAAAUUAAAAAUGAUGGAUUCCUUUAUUGUAGAGAUACUUACAUUGGAUAAAAUGGAAUUGAUGGAUAUAGUAACUCUGAUCUGGUUCUUGUAGUUUCAGCUACUAAUCUUAUUUUAGAUGAUUUUAGAGUUAAUUAUGAGUUUUGUAAAUGGGACAAUAAACCUAUAAUGAUGCAAAUUCGAUUUUAAAUGAGAUAAUUUGUUAAAUAUCCAGUAAAUUACGAAAUAUCUUAGUUAAAGAGAUCCUUCAUGUAUAAUGGUAUGUGGAAUACUAAUAAUUUCAAUUACUGGAUUGAUGAUUCAACAGGCAAAACUUAUGAAUAAACUUCUUAGAUAUAUCAAUAAUUGUAAGUAUAAGGUGUUCAGAAAUAUUUUUUAACAGGAAAAUAUAUAAAAAAGGCAGUUUAAACUCAUUUUAAUUGUCCUACCGCUAUUGGUUUAGAAGUAUAAUCAGAUGAAAUAAUGUCAAACUUGAUACCAGAUGAUUUAUAUAAUGAUGAAUAGACUAGGGAUUACCCAAAUAGAUUAUUUUCAUAAUUUGAUGUAGCAAUAAUUAAAGAUAUGGGAGUUUAUGAAUAUGUCAAUGAUGAUUUUGCUGAGAAUAUAGAAUGGGGGAAAAACUAAGGUUGUAGUUUUUUAGAAAAUACUUGCUAAAAUAUUUUUUAAUAAACAAUUGAAGUGUAAGGUCAGUUGUAUCAAUGCACUUAAUUUAAAAAUUCAAAGUUCAUUAAAUCAAAGCAGGAUAUUUAGUCUCAAUUUGAGAAUGGCUAAUGUCCUAGAUUAACUCAAACAAAUAGUAUUAGCUGUUUAGAUUCCACUUAAAGCAAUUAAUUUACAACUUAUUUUGGAGAAAUCUAUGGUAUUUUUAGCAAAUGCAUAGAAUCUAAUGUUCAGAAUAAAUAAAAUAUUAUAAAUUCAUAUAUAAUUUAAUCAUACCAGUAUAAAGACUCACCUAUUAGAUGUCACCACGUUUAGUGCGUUUAAGACUACAUAAUUAUCUAUUUUAGUUUGAACUAGAGAGUUAUUUGCGAAAAACCUAAUAGUGUUAUUUAAGUUGAUACUUAAGAUUUCAUUGGAUAGCUAAAAUGUCCCUCUGAUUUUUCUGUGUAUUGUUCAUAAAAAUUCUGUCUAAAUGAUUGUAGUGGAGCUGGGUUUUGCAAUAAUGGUAUAUGUAUUUGCAUUUAGGGUAGAUAUGGAAUAGAUUGUUCUCUUGUUUGUGAAAAUGGAUAAAACGAUUGUUAAUGCUAGUACCCUUGCUCUUAAUGUUAAAACUCUAAAGAUAAAUGCGUUUCUUGUGUUUCAGGAUAUAAAUUAGCAUUCAAUUAGAACAAAUGUGAAAUAAUUUGCCAUAAGAGUUGCUUGGAAUGUAGGUCUCCUCUAGACCCUUUUUCAUGUACUUCUUGUGACGUAGGAUUAGUUUUAGUCAAUGGUCAGUGCAAACCUUGCAAUGAACCUUGUAAGAAAUGCAUAACAAAUCCAGAUAUAUGUACUUAAUGUAUUGAGAAUUACUCUUUAAAUACUAAUAUGAUGAAGUGCCUACCAAAUUGUUACAAAUCUUGUAAGAGCUGCUUACAUCCUUUAACUUAAAAUUCUUGUUUGAGCUGCUUCGAUGGAUAUUACUUAACUUCAUAAAUGACAUGUGAAAAAUUUGCACAUCUUGCUAGCAAGGAUAUUUUUUAAGCAAAGGUUGGCCUAGCUGUAGAUGUUUAAAAGGGUAUAAUUUUAUAAAAGGAAAAUGUAUUUAAUGCUAGACAAAUUAGUAUUUUGAUAAAAAUAUUUAAAAUUGCAUAGACUGUCACAAAUCUUGUAUUUAGUGCUUUGGAAGUUCUUUUAACUAAUGUACUUUAUGUAACAGCAAAGAAUAUUAGCAUUUAAACUUAAAAACUAAUUAAUGCAUCUGUUCUGAUGAAGAAAGAUCAAUGA